CCCGCUGCCCGGGAGGCUGCCCCGACGCCUAGCUCCGGAGAACCCCAGGCGAUUGCGGACCUAUGAAGUUUGUCCGCUCCGGGGUACCGUAGUGGCUUUUAGCCCGGCCGGGCGGGCGGGCAGGGCUGGCCUGGGCACCUGGAGGCCGGUUCAGUCCCGGAGACCCUGAUGGCUGCGGUGUUUCUGGUGACGCUCUACGAAUACUCGCCGCUUUUCUACAUCGCGGUGGUCUUUACCUGCUUUGUCGUGACUACCGGCUUGGUGCUAGGAUGGUUUGGCUGGGAUGUGCCAGUAAUUCUGAGAAACUCAGAAGAGACCCAGUUCAGCACAAGAGUUUUCAAAAAGCAAAUGAGACAAGUCAAGAAUCCUUUUGGCUUAGAGAUCACUAAUCCAUCUUCAGCUUCCAUUACAACUGGCCUAACCUUGACAACAGAUUGCCUUGAAGAUAGCCACCUUACCUGCUACUGGGGGUGCAGUGUUCAGAAGUUAUAUGAAGCCCUGCAGAAGCACGUUUACUGCUUCAGAAUAAGCACCCCCCAAGCUUUAGAAGAUGCUCUGUAUAGCGAAUAUCUGUAUCAAGAACAGUAUUUUAUUAAAAAGGACAGCAAAGAAGAAAUAUAUUGUCAGUUACCAAAAGACACUAAAAUUGAAGACUUUGGUGCAGUGCCCAGAUCUCGCUAUCCACUUGUAGCAUUGUUGACCUUAGCUGACAAGGAUGACCGAGAAAUUUAUGACAUCAUUUCCAUGGUGUCAGUAAUUCAUAUUCCUGAUAAGACUUACAAGCUUCCCUGCAGAAUAUUGUAUCAGUAUUUACUCUUGGCUCAAGGUCAAUUUCAUGAUCUUAAGCAACUUUUCAUGUCUGCAAAUAAUAAUACCACUCCCUCCAGCCACCCCUCUCCAGAAGAAAAAGACACGGACCGAAGCUUGUUGGAAAGGGCCGGACUGUCGGAAAGCGAAGUGGAGCCGUGGGAGGAAAACAGCAAGGACUGUGUCGUCUGCCAGAACGGGGCUGUGAACUGGGUGCUGCUGCCGUGCAGGCACACGUGCCUGUGCGAUGGCUGCGUGCGGUAUUUUCAGCAGUGCCCAAUGUGUAGGCAGUUUGUGCAGGAAUCUUUUGCACUUUGCAGUCAGAAAGAACAAGAUAAAGACAAACUGAAAAGUCCGUGAGGAUGUUGUUGCAACUGAGAAGUACGCUUUCUACCUAAGGUGCAGAAAUUCGUGUUCUUAGAAGGUAAUCGGAACUUGAAAUCUACAGCGAUGAACUUCAGCGGAUAGUCUAACUUCCUGCUUGUCCGAUACAUGGAUGAUGAAAACUAAUGAUUUCUCCCUACUCAGUGUGGUGAGCACUGGAAAACCAUCUGUGUUAAUAUAGAAAAAUCCAUUCAACCCUUGAGAAGAAUGUAAAUGUUGGCCUUUUAUCAGCUAGAAGAUUUCACGUAUUGUGGAUUACAAAAAUCGUUUUUGAAAGCCAGCCAUCUAAGAUUUGAGGAGGUAAACAUCUCAAGAUUGCUAAAGAGUUUCCCUUUGACAAAAUCUGUGGUGUAAUUAGGAAACAACUUAGUUCUUCUUAAAGUAAUUGUAUGUUUUUCAGUUUAUAAAGGAGUUGGAAAGGGCUCCCUGCUUUAAAUCCUUUCAUGAAACAGUAGUUUUUAUAAAUACCCAUUUGGUUUCCGACUUCCCUUAGCAUCAUAGUUACAUAAGCACGAAUCUUAAUUUUUAAAUAUGGGUUCUUCACACAGAAAUACAAGGUUCAGUUCUUGACUGCUCUCCUUGUGUCGCAGAUGCAAAGGAUACUCAUCUCAAGGAGGCAGAUUUAGAAAAUAGACAUUGUCUUGGGUAAUUAACUUUAUUAAAUCACCUGUCAAUUGCGGUCAGAUUAGCAGAAAAUGGUCCACCAGGGAAGGUCUGUGAGACUCUGAAUGCCUUGCCUUGGAAGUCCUCCUGUGCAGUGUAUCUGUCCAAAACUGGACAGGUUUUAGAGCUAGAAAAACCCCUGAAAGAAACAAAUCACUAUUGCUUUCUAGUGUAUUCUUCUUCCAAACCCAAGAUCCUUCAGAAUAAUCAAUUACUUUGCUCAUCCCUUGUAUUCUUGUAAGAGUUGAGGAACUUUAUAGGCAGAAAAGUACCAUGCCCUACUCCUCCCCAGAUGAGUGAGAAGAAAAUGGUCAAUCAGAGCUUCCCAUGUCCUUAGUGAAACUCGCCAGCAAAUCGCCAAGAAAGCAGACCAUGGCAAACAAACCGUGACAUUCAGGGAGAUGUCCAGGCCUUUUUGUCCUGCUUGUAUUUAGAAUAAUGCCUUAUCUUUGUAUCAGGGUUUUUACAAAAUACUAUUUCAUUCUGAUCAGACAUAUGAGAAGUCUUCAUAAAGUUCAUGGAAAAUGCUCAUUAUGAAAAAAAAAAAACUAUGCAUGUAUUUCAAAAAAUUGUUGCACUAAAAUAAACACCUUUAAAUUUCAUUUUCUGUGAACUUUUUGAAGUAUCUUCAUAGCGCUCUUAAGAUGACAUUAUCUGGUCUCCACUAUAGAAGCCACAUCUAACUCCUAUCUGUGUUCAAUAGCCAUGAAAUAAAUACCUCCCAGGGGCUACUUUGAGGGAGUCUGGGCUACAGAGGAUCAGGCAAGGCUCCUGACCUCAAAGUGUUUGUAACUAGAAAGAGCAUUGAUGAUUAACACAGCCCCCUCUGGAAGUCCUUUAGGCUCAAUUGCAGCCGCCUUUGUAAGCAGGUGGUCAAAAGCUACAGUCCCUGCUGCAGUGGGCUAGCAGUCUGUUAGUCUUGAAAACUCACUUUGUCGUAUGAAUUCAGAGAUGCUCAGAUCAUUUCCUCCAUCCUAGGCAUCUUACCUCCCUUUGCUGAUCAUUGUGUACCUAAACUGUCCUAGAUAUAUUCAGAUUUAGUAUCUGCCACCCAAAAUGUUUGAGACCAGAGUAUUUAUUAUUUCAGGUUUUGGAAUAUUUGCACAGAAAUAAUGAGAUAAUCUUGGGAACAGGAACCAAGUCUAAACUAAAAUCAUUCUAUGUUUUAUAUACAUCCUGUACACCUAGCCUGUAUGAUACUUCUACUGUACCUAUAUUUUGACUGUGACCCAUCACAUGAAGUCAGAUGUGGAAUUUUCCACUUGUGGCAUCAUGUUGGUACUCAAGAGUUUGGAUUUGGGAUUAUUUUGGAUUUUAGAUUUAAAAUUAGGGAUGCUCAACCUGUAUUUUCUUUCUGUUUGGAGAUAGAUUCCACCAAUUCUGCCUGCAUUCUUACUACAUUCUUCAUAAUUUUGGGUAGUAAAAGAUAUGUAACAUAAAAUUCACCAUUUUAAGUAUAAAAUGCAGUGACAUUAAGUGCAUUCAUUGUGCCACACUCACCAAUAUCCAUCUCCGUAAUUUUCCCAUCAUUCCACACAGAAGCCCUGUGCCCACUGAACAGUGACUCCCAUGACCCUCUUCUCAGCCUGUGAUAACCACCACCCUGCUUUCUGUCUACAAACUUGACUAUCCUAGGGACUUCAAAUAAGUGGAGUCUUACAGUCUUUGUCUUUUUAUGUCUGUCUUAUUUCACUUACCAUAAUGUUUUCAGUGUUUAUCCAUGUUGUACCUUGUAUCAGUAUUUUCCUGUUAAGACUAAUAUUCCACUGUGUCACUGUGUGUGUGUAAUUCAUAUUGAUUAUGUAUUCAUCAGUCAUUUUUCAUAACUCUUCAAGAUGAUUUGCCUUUAGUUCCUCUUGCCGCAGGUAAAGUAAUUGUUUUUCCUGCCUCAAUGGUAAUAAAUAUGAAAAGUUUGGUGGGUAAUUAAAUAAAAACAGAUACAGACAGUCCCCAACUUA